AACUGACCUUUCGGGGCAUCUAGAAGCUCUGAUUGGCCAGACAGUGCCUACUUUCCUGGCGUGAACAAUGAUGCGAGAGGGACAGGCCACGGACAGGGAACCAGGAGCACUGAGUCGGGUCCUCCUUGUUGUUGUGUGACCCUCAUCGGGACCCCAUCUGGAAAGUAGAAGUGGCUAUUGUCCAAGGGCCAUGCCAGCUCCAACAGCCUGUGGGUGUCAAGUUCCUCUUCUGUGGUCAGUCAUCUGUCUGACCUCAGCCUGGGCUUUCUGCUGGGGCUUCCUCUCAGUCCUGUGACACCAAAGCCCUGUGGCUCUGACCCCAAAGAUGCUGCCGCUGCUGCUGCUGUCCCUGCUGUGGGCAGGAUCCCAGGCUCAGUAUGGGAGAUUCCAGCUGCAAGUGGAAUCUGUGACAGUGCAGGAGGGCCUGUGCAUCCGAGUGCCCUGCAAUGUCUCCUACCCUGCAUAUGGAUACACUGACUCCGACCCAGCUCACGGCUACUGGUUCCGAGAAUGGGAAUAUCAGCACCAGCGUACGCUUGUGGCCACAAACAACCCAGAUCAUGAAGUGCAGGAGGCGACCCAGGGCCGAUUCCACCUCCUUGGAGACCCCCGGGUCUAUGACUGCUCCCUGGACAUCAGAGAUGCCAGGAGGAAGGACUCGGGGACAUACUUCUUUAGGAUAGAGAGAGGGUUUUAUGCGAAAUAUGAUUACAGAGAGAACCCGCUCUCUAUGCGUGUGACAGCUCUGACACAGACACCUGAUGUCCACUUCCAGGGGACUCUAGAAUCUGGCCACCCCAAGAACAUUACCUGUGCAGUGCCAUGGGCCUGUGAGAGGGGGACGCCCCCCACCUUCUCCUGGAUCGGGGUCGCCCUCAACCCCUGGGGACCCAAGUCUCCCCACUCCUCAGUGCUCACCCUCACCCCGGGGCCCCAGGACCAUGGCACCAACCUCACCUGUCAAGUGACCUUCCCCGGAGCUGGCGUGAGCUCUGAGAGGACCAUCCAGCUCAAUGUGUCCUAUGCGCCCCAGAACCUGACCAUCAGCGUGUUCCGUAAAGAAGGCACAGCUUUCUUGCCAGGACCUGAAGCUCUGGGCAAUGGCUCAUCUCUUCCAGUCCAAGAGGGCCAGUCCCUGCGCCUGGUCUGUGUGGCCCACAGCAACCCUCCUGCCAGAAUGAGUUGGACCCGGGGCAGCCUGCCCCUGAACCCCUCGCAGCCCUCAAACCCUGGGGUCCUGGAGCUGCCUCAGGUGGAGUUGAGAGACCAUGGGAAAUACGUCUGCCGAGCUCAGCACCUGUUGGGCUCCCUGGAAGCCUCCCUGAGCCUCUUUGUGACCAAGCCCCCACAGCUGUUCGGUCCCUCCUGCUCCUGGGAGGACAAGGGUCUGCAGUGCAGCUGCUCUGCACAAGCCCAGCCAGCCCCCUCCCUGUACUGGCGGCUGAGGGAAGAACUGGUGGAGGGGAACCACAGCAACACCUCCCUCACGGUCACCUCCAGCUCCACGGGCCCUUGGGCCAACAGCUCCCUGAUCCUCAGCGGGGGACUCUGCUCCAGCCUCAAGCUCAGCUGUGAGGCCAGAAAUGCCCAUGGGAACCAGAGCACCACUGUCCUGCUGCUACCAGGGAGACCAGGACCCAGGACAGGGGCCAUUGUGGGGGCCAUCGGGGGAGCUGGUGUCACAGCCCUGCUCGCUCUCUGCUUCUGCCUCAUCUUCUUCGUAGUGAAGAUCUACAGGAAGAAGUGGGCAGAGAAGGCAGCGAGCAGGGAUGGUGUCCAUCCUGCCUUGAGUACCGUUUCCUGGCUCAUCUCUGGUCUGACUCACCACAUUUCAUGUGCUCGAUAGCCACACGUGACCAGGGGCUACUGUAUUGGACAGCACAGACCAAGGGAACCAAGUCCAGAUUCUUCAGUCUGACGUUCUAUAGUACGGCCCCUGCCGCGUUCUCCAGCUGGCCUCCUGUCCCUCCCCACAAAACGAGCUUAUUAUAUACUGUGAUAUUGUGACUUAUAGUAAGAAAUAUAUAUUUGGUCUUUGUGCCCAUUCCCGGCAUUGAGCUCCUAGAUCCCCUGGAAUUUCCUGUGAUGGGAGGGAUAAAGAUGUCUUUCGUUAUGUUAAUGAGGUGACUUUGCCAAAAGCGCCAAAGGAGGGGGGGGGGUGGGCUGGUUGCCAGGGGAACCAACCACGUGAUCACAGGAUUGGAACUUUCAGUGUCACCCCCUGACCUCCAGGAAGGGGAGAGGGGCUGGAGGUUGAACCAAUCACCAAUAGUCAAUGUUUUAAUCAACCCUGCCUAUGUAAUGAAGCCUCCAUAAAACCCAAAAGGACAGGGUUUAGAGAGUUUCUGGGUUGGUGAACGAACAGACGGAGGUCUGUGGAGAGUGGCACAAUUGGAGAGCGUGGAAGCUCUGUGUCUCUUCCCCAUACCUCGCCUUAUGCAUCUCUUCCAUCUGGCUCUUCCUGGGUUAUAUCCUUUUAUAAAAAACUGGUGAUCUAGUAAGUAAAAUGUUUCUCUGAGUUCUGUGAGCCGCUCUAGCAAAUUAAUUGAACCCAAGGAGAGGGUCGCGGGAACCUCUGAUCUAUAGCCAUUUGAUCAGAAGCACAGGUGACAACCUGGACUUGCAAUUGGCGUCUGAAGUUCUUGGAGACAGUUUUGUAGGAUUGAGCCCUUAAACUGUGGGAUCUGAUGCUAUCUCCAGGCAGAGAGUGUCCGAAUUGAGUUGAAUUGUAAGGCACCCAGCUGGUGUUGGAGACUUGCUUGUUGGUGUGGAACCCACUUCCAACAUUGUAAUUGGUUCCAGAAUCCUUCUAUCUCCAGGCAGGGCUCACUUUUCUGCUCUUUUGUGCCUUUGUCUGGGUGAUUCUCUCUGUCCGUCCCCUUGGCACUGGUCAAACCCCUAACUGUCUUUCAUGCUCCCCUGCCCUGUGCCAGACAGAAUGUCAUCUUGCAUCCCUGUGAUAAUCACAGACCUGUCUCCAUCACACUGUGAGCCACUUGAGAGCAGGGGCAGGUCUACUGCAGGCCCCUGUGAUCCUCACCCACAGCACCCCGCUUCUGUUCAUCAGAUCACAAUGUGCAAUUUGAUAAGUCUGUGUGUGUGUGUGUGUGUGACAAUCUGAUACUGUUUCCUUGCCCUGAUAGACUGUUUGAGGUCGGGGAUCUUGUCUGCUGAACAGUCACUUGAUCUUGCUCACUCAGUCUGUUUUCAUAUCUGUAAAAUGGGAAUAAUAUUUAUACUAUCUACGGAGGGAGGUUGUAAGGAUUCAGUGAGAUCAGUAAUGAGAAGUGACCGUUAUGAUUAAAAUUUGUUAAAGGUAUGAAGGAAUGAAUGAAUGAGUGAGUGAAUGAAUGAAUGAGUGCGUAAAUGAAUGAGUGAAUCCUCAGGAAAUGAGUGUGAAAUGGAUAAAUAAGUCAAUUCCCCCUCAAGCCCCAAAUUCCCUUUUUCAGACCCCAAAAGCCAGCUCUGAUGCCCUUCUCUCAUCCCCCUCAGGGGCACCUGGAUGAAUCCAAGUCAGACAGCCCCUCAGACCACCCAACCUCAGCUGCCCCCGCCUCCACCUCAGAGGAGGAGCAGGAACUCCAU